AUGGACAACACCACAGGGCAAGCCAACCACACUAGAGGGUUUGAUUUCAUCCUACUGGGAUUCUUCAAUCAAUCCAAAGACCCAGCUCUCCUCUGUGUGGUGAUUUUUGUGAUUUUCCUGAUGGCUUUGUCUGGAAAUGCCGUCCUGAUCUUUCUAAUACAGUCUAAUGUCCACCUCCACACUCCCAUGUAUUUUUUCAUUGGUCAAUUGUCUCUCAUGGAUAUGGCAUACAUUUCUGUCACUGUGCCCAAGAUACUUAUGGACCAGAUUUUAGGGACCAAAAAAAUAUCAGCCCCUGAGUGUGGAAUACAGAUGUUCCUCUAUUUGACACUAGGAGGAUCAGAAUUUUUCCUUCUAGCUGCCAUGGCCUAUGACCGUUACAUGGCCAUCUGUCAUCCCCUCCGUUAUCCUGUCCUUAUGAACCACAGGAUAUGUCUCCUUCUCACAUCUGGAUGUUGGUUCUUCGGUUCAGUGGAUGGCUUCAUGCUCACUUCCAUCACCAUGAGCUUUCCAUUCUGCAGAUCCAGGGAGAUUCAUCACUUCUUUUGUGAGGUCCCUGCUGUAAUGAAGCUCUCCUGCUCUGACACCUCACUCAUUGAGACCCUCAUGUAUCUGUGCUGUGUGCUCAUGAUUCUAAUACCUGUGACAAUUAUUUCAAGCUCCUACUCUUUCAUCCUCCUCACCAUCCACAGGAUGAAAUCAGCAGAGGGCCGGAAGAAGGCCUUUACCACCUGUUCUUCCCACAUGGCUGUAGUGUCCCUUUUCUAUGGGGCUGCCAUCUACACCUACAUGAUCCCCAGCUCCUACCACACACCAGAAAAAGACAUGGUAGUAUCUUUCUUUUACACUAUCCUUACUCCUGUACUAAACCCUUUAAUCUAUAGUUUUAGGAAUAAGGAUGUCACAGGGGCUCUUAAGAAAAUGUUGAAUGUAGAACCUGUCUUUCAAGAAACUAUAAAGUAG